GGUACUGAAACUAAAUAUCAUUCAAAGUAUGAUUUGAAGUAAAGACCACAAAUCGGAAGUCUACUAGAAAGUAUGUCUGAGAUGCCUACUAGGCAAGUGUUUUCCCCCAUGUUGUCAAAGCCCUAGGCUACUUAAUACUCAAAGGAGUGAUUGGUUAUGUAGCCGGAAGAGCAAACAUAAAGCUGCCGAACCAAGCAGGAUAAGAGGAAAGAGAUGUUGAUACAGUGCUAAAAGCUGCAAACAGAUCGAAGGCUGUUUAUCACUCUGUUAGACUGAGUUACAGGUCUUGAUAAAGGAAUGCUAGAUUGGACAGAUGAUAAAUGGGUAAAGAAAGUUUUCCUUGGGCUUUUAGAGAGACUGACAUGUCAAUAGUAAUUAAGUGACAAGACAAACGGAGUGCUCAAGUGGUUCUUAUCUACGAGUCAGUUGGAGUAUUUACAGAAAAAGAAUGUUGAGUUAAUUUUUUAAAUUUUUCUUCUGUGAAGCAACAUAACUUUCUGUGCAACCAUCAAAAUAAUAAUACUGUAUAUAGCAUUCUUUGUUUCUGAUAAGUAUUCUGUGUCUGCAUCAGAGACCUUGGAUGGACAGAGACAACUCAAGAGAACAGCAUGUUCACUUCUACUGAACACUACACUGUUAUAUAAAAUACAGCUUCUGAAAUGUCUUCGCCCGGCAGCAAUUGCCCGCACUUGGAGUCAGUUGGUGAGAUAACAAAAGAGGAACUCAUACAGAAAUCUCAUGGCACUUGCCAGGACUGUGAAGUCAGAGGACCCAAUCUUUGGGCAUGCUUAGAGGACAGAUGUACCUAUGUUGGCUGUGGUGAAUCUCAGGUUGAUCACAGUACCACCCAUUCCCAGGAGACAAAACACUGUCUAACUGUCAACCUUACUACGCUCCGUGUUUGGUGUUAUGCCUGUAGUAAGGAAGUAUUCCUGGAUAGAAAAUUAGGAUCUCGUUCUCCACUACCAAAUGUAAGACUGUGUCACCAAGCACAAGAAAACAGUGUGCAGGAUUUAAAAAUACCUACUAAUCCCACACUGAAGAUUCCACUGGCAGCUGUAUUUGAUGACUUAGAUACAGAAGUGGAGGAAGAUGAGUUAAAGACUAGAGGUCUAACAGGAUUAAAAAAUAUUGGAAACACUUGUUACAUGAAUGCAGCUUUACAAGCUCUUUCCAACUGCCCACCUUUGACGCACUUUUUUCUUGACUGUGGGGGCUUAGCCCGAACGGAUAAGAAACCAGCAAUCUGCAAAAGUUACCUCAAGCUUAUGACAGAACUCUGGCACAAGAGCAGGCCUGGUUCUGUGGUUCCUACUGGUUUAUUUCAGGGAAUAAAAACUGUUAAUCCAACAUUUCGAGGCUACUCUCAGCAGGAUGCACAAGAGUUUUUGCGUUGUCUAAUGGAUUUGCUUCAUGAAGAACUUAAAGAACCAGUUGUAGAACUUGAAGAUGCCCAGCCUAUAAGUGUUGAAGAGAGUAUGGAAGAAGACAAGAGUCAGUCAGAUGUAGGCUUUCAGACCUGUGAAUCCUGUGGUACCUGUGAUAAAACAGAAAAUGACACUAUUUUCAAACCUGUCUUAGAAGAUCCUGCAGAGACAACCAUGUUAAUCCAGGAUGAUGAUAACAACUCAAUCACAUCCAAAGACUGGCAAAAAGAAAAAAUAACAAGCAACAAGCUUAAACGAGCAAAUUCUGUGGAAGACUUGGAAAAAGACACAAACACUGCUUCAGAAGUCACUGAAAUUUUAAAUAAUCAAGGAACUGUCAAAGUACAGAUACACAGCAGAUUCUCAGAAUACAUCAAUGAUGUCCACAUGAACGAUACAUCUGCAGUCCAAACCUCAUUGUCAAAUGAAGGGAUGAACACACGCUUAUCAACCAGUCCUCCAAAAUCAUUCUCAUCAUGCUCUUCACUAGCACCAGUCCACAAAAAAGUUUCAACUGUACCAUCACCAAAAAGGAAGAAGCGCAAGAAGUACAGGAGUGUUAUCUCUGAUAUAUUUGAUGGGACUAUAGUAAGCUCAGUACAGUGCUUGACUUGCGAUCGGCUGUCUGUAACCCUGGAGACCUUCCAGGAUCUGUCCUUGCCUAUUCCAGGUAAGGAAGAUCUUGCUAAGCUCCAUUCUGCGAGUCACCAGACAUCUCUAGUCAAGGCAGGGUCAUGUGGAGAAGCAUAUGCCCCCCAGGGAUGGAUAGCUUUUUUUAUGGAAUACUUUAAAAGAUGUUUCAGGUUUGUUGUCUCAUGUGUUCCUAGCUGGUUUUGGGGUCCAGUUGUAACCUUACAAGAUUGUCUUGCUGCCUUUUUCGCCAGAGAUGAGCUCAAGGGUGACAAUAUGUACAGCUGUGGAAGGUGUAAAAAGUUAAGAAAUGGAGUGAAAUUCUGCAAAGUGCAAAAAUUUCCUGAGAUACUGUGUAUUCAUCUAAAAAGAUUUAGACAUGAACUGAUGUUUUCCACAAAAAUUGGGACCCAUGUGUCCUUUCCCUUGGAAGACCUUGAUCUUCAGCCUUUCCUUGCAAAGGACAGUCCAGCUCAAAUAGUGACUUAUGAUCUCCUAUCUGUCAUUUGCCAUCAUGGAACUGCCAGCAGUGGACAUUAUAUAGCUUAUUGCCGCAACAAUUUGAAUAAUUUAUGGUAUGAAUUUGAUGACCAGAGUGUCACAGAAGUAUCAGAAUCCACAGUGCAAAAUGCAGAAGCUUAUGUCCUCUUCUACAGAAAGAGCAGUGAAGAAGCACAGAGAGAGAGACGGAGAAUAUCAAGUCUACUGAAUAUGAUGGAACCCAGUCUUCUGCAGUUCUACAUUUCCAGGCAGUGGUUAAGUAAAUUCAAGACUUUUGCAGAGCCUGGACCUAUUUCAAAUAAUGACUUUCUCUGUAUGCAUGGAGGUGUUCCUCCACACAAAGCUAACUUCAUAGAGGACUUAGUUGUAAUGCUACCUCAGAAUAUAUGGGAUAAUCUGUAUAGCAGAUACGGAGGAGGACCAGCUGUUAACCAUCUGUAUGUUUGUCACACCUGCCAAAUUGAGUCUGAAAGAAUUGAAAAAAGAAGGAAAAAUGAAUUGGAAAUGUUUAUUCGGCUUAAUAGAGCAUUCCAAGAAGAAGAAUCUCCAUCAACAUUUUACUGCAUCAGUAUGCAAUGGUUCAGAGAAUGGGAAGGAUUUGUAAAGGGUAAAGACAGUGAUCCUCCUGGUCCUAUUGAUAAUGCUAAGAUUGCCAUAACAAAAUGUGGAAAUGCUGUGCUGAAACAAGGUGCAGAUUCUGGACAAAUAUCUGAAGAAACAUGGAAUUUUCUUCAGUCAAUCUAUGGUGGAGGUCCAGAGAUUAUACUCAGACCACCUGUUCCUCCAGUAGAACCUGAUAUCUUGCAAACAGAGGAGAAGAUUGAAUUAGAAACUCAUGUUCUGUAGCUACUGAGAAAAAGAUGAACUUGUAGGAAAGCUGGAUUCCUUACAAAAUGCCCAAAAUACAUUCCUAAAGGUUUUAUUCUCUUGUAUCUGUUGGGGGCACAACUCACUGGGCAUUAAAUACAGAGUAAUAAGUUGAACUAUGUAUUACAGUUUGUUUAAAUAGCGGCUGUUUUCCCUGUUACAGGAGGCAUGUGGUUUGUACAUUUUGGAGUCUGUAGUCAAUGGGGGAAAAAAAAAAGUGAUUUCUGAAUUUCUUGAUAUAAGUCAAAAUACUGUUAUAUCCUUAGACUGGAAAAAUGGAGACAGAUUUUAGAGGUGUUCAAUAACCCUUCUGAUUCCUGAUUGGGAUUCUGAUACCUACAAACUUUUGCCUGUCUUAAUUGUACAGUCUUGACAUGCCUAGGUAUAUGGGGAGUAUAUUUAAAGUGAAUUGCAAUCAAUGAUAAAGAAAAGGAUUUUAAUUUCCUAAAUACUCAGGAAAAACUCACUUAUUUUGCACUGUAAGUAUACUUAUUGUAUUUGAAUUGAUCAAACAUUAGUGUAGCUUGAAUAUUGUUUUAGUCAGCAAAUGUCAUAACUUAUUACCUACUAAAUUUUACAUCUUACUAUAGUGUACUGUAACUCUACGAGCCUGACUAGUGUCUAAUAGUAUAUAUGACAAAAGAUUUAGUUGUCUUUAGAGUAAUGUUUGAGAGCAUGAAGUGUGAAAUGUAAAAUGGUUGUGGACAUGAGUGAUAUAAAUUUCAGAAAUUCAAUUGUCUGGAUUCUUGAACUACAUAAGCAGUUCCAUUUGAAGGAUUUUAUUGUCUUGUUAAAAACUUGCAUUGGCAUGAUGACCUAUGUCAAAAGCUGGAUAUAAUGUGCAUAUUGCAAAACUUUACUGAAUUAUUCACAUUGGAAUGCAGAAUGGCACUUGGUCUUGGUUUUGCUUGAUAUUGUCGUCAAAUAAGCAGCGUUAUUCAAGGCUGGAUCAAUAAAAUAAAAUUGAAGUGUGGAGGAGGGAGGGGGGAAGGCUUUCUUAAAUGUUCUUAAUUUAUUACAUUAACACAAAAACUUUUGACAACUUUGUUUGGGCAAUGAUGCUGACAGCAGUAGCUGCAAAUAAGAGAAAUGCUGACAUAAUAUUCUUCUGGAUAAUUUCCUAUGUGGCAUAAUAUCAGACUGGCUUUUUAAGGACUUAAAGCCACUCUGAUUGAAAAGCCACCUAUGGGUCCUAGAGAAAGUGUCCCCUUCUAAGUACUUGCUAAUAUGCCAUGUCAGACACAUCAGUUCGGUCUGCAUGUAAAUCCCUGUACUUUCCGCAGCCUACAUAAAGAGCCCAGAGCCAAAACCACAGCAGUGUAAAUAAGAGGGGGAAAUGGACAGCAGUGUGAAGUCUAUGUGGCUGGUACACAGGGAAAAUAUUUUUCAGUUUUAAACUGUAUCACAGGUAACUUGUGGCCACUCUGUUAGGUUUUGCACUUU